AUGUCAAGUGAUACUACAACAGACAGCAGUUUGUCUGGUUCAUCUGGAGUAAUUGAAAAAAAGGUUGGACAUCAUAAUCAGUCUAAAAAAAUUUCAGAAGGUGAAGCUGAUUUAUAUUUAGACCAGUAUAACUUUACCACAACGGCAGCAAUUGUUGGUUCUGUGGAUCGUAAAAUAUUUGUACUUCUACGUGAUGGUAGAAUGCUAUUUGGUGUAUUAAGAACAUUUGAUCAAUAUGCAAAUUUAAUAUUACAACAUUGUGUAGAGAGAAUAUAUUUUACUGAAGAAAAUAAGUAUGCAGAAGAAGAACGCGGUGUGUUCAUGGUUCGUGGUGAGAAUGUAGUCAUGUUAGGUGAAGUAGAUAUAGAUAAAGAGGAUAAACCUUUAGAAACGAUGGAACGUAUACCUUUUAAAGAAGCUGCAAAAACUAGAUAUAAUAACAAUGAGGCAAAAUUCAAGGCAGAAACACGCAGGGGCAAGGAAUUGGCCGCAUAUGGUUUGGUUUAUGAUUUCCAUAAAUCAGACAUGUAUUAA